AUGGUGUUGAAUUCGAAGAACUUUGGACACCAUCAGUCAGCGGAGGAUUUGAUGGCCAAGCAUGCCGGUGCGCAUGACCAUCGUGGACCCGCACCUGCGGCUUUGGAAGAUCGGAUCGUCUUGGAUCCCGCUGGGCAACCUCAAGCAAUUGAUGGUCAGCCUCUGGCAAUUGUGCCUCUUCCACUACCACCUCUACCUGAAGCACCUGAAACUCCAACAGCUGAAGUUCCUGUGCCAGCAAUGCCAAGAACAAGACGCCAGAAGCAGCUUGCGGACAUGCCCGGUUGCCUGCGACACCUGCCAAGCAGCAAUCAACAACAACCUGCAGACGAUACUGCAGCCAUUGAUGUGCAGUCUGGUUGGUUCCUUGACCCCGAGGGAAACCAACAGUUGUGA